GUCCACAACAGUUGAAUAAUGCAAUGGUGUGUGGCGUGAGAUUGAAGCCAAUGUUUAAUUAAUAUUGUGCGUGAUUUUCAAGUCCAAUAGCAAACUUUAUAAGGACCAACCAACUCCCUAGUCAUUCUCAUCCUUCACAUUCUCCUUUAACAUUAAUCAUGGCUCUGCCACAACAAGAGACCGUGGAAUAUCCCAGUUUCAAGCUGGUCAUCGUAGGCGAUGGAGGAACUGGGAAAACCACUUUUGUGAAGAGACACAUAACUGGGGAGUUUGAGAAGAAAUAUGAACCAACCAUUGGUGUCGAGGUUCAUCCACUAGACUUCCAUACCAAUUGUGGAAGAAUUCGCUUUUACUGCUGGGACACUGCUGGCCAAGAAAAAUUUGGUGGUCUUAGAGAUGGUUACUAUAUUCAUGGACAAUGUGCUAUCAUUAUGUUUGAUGUAACGGCUCGCUUGACAUACAAGAAUGUUCCUACAUGGCACAGAGAUCUCUGUCGGGUGUGUGAGAACAUUCCCAUUGUUCUGUGCGGAAAUAAGGUUGAUGUGAAGAAUAGACAAGUUAAAGCAAAGCAGGUUACAUUUCACAGGAAGAAGAAUCUGCAGUACUACGAGAUAUCUGCAAAGAGUAACUACAAUUUCGAAAAACCCUUUUUAUACCUUGCCAAGAAACUUGCAGGGGAUCCUGGCCUUCAUUUUGUGGAGAUGCCUGCACUUGCUCCUCCCGACGUAGUUAUUGAUCUAGCAACACAACAAAUGAAUGAACAAGAGCUACUUGUGGCGGCUGCUCAGCCUCUCCCCGAUGACGAUGAUGAUACAUUUGAAUAAACUUCUGAGCUUUCCAGAAUUUUCCUGAUAAAUUUGAAUGUUUUCUCCUCUGCUUUUGUUGUUGCAUUGUAAUAUUGGGGGAAGUUUCAUCAAAUAGAAAUACGAGUCAGAGUUGGGAUCUGUUUACACAGGCAUAAACAGUAUGUCCUAGUUGUGUUCCUGCUGUUAUUCUUAAAAUAAUCAAUUGACUUCUUGUGUCAUUAUACUA